GUUGUAGGGUUCAUUAAAAAUAACACGCAAGACUAGUGUCCCGUCCAAGUCAAAUUUAGUCCUUACAAACGUUAAACAAGUGUUUUCUUUCCGCAAUUUACAGUGUGACAAUUUGGUCACACUCGCAAUUAAACGACGACUCUCAGUGUUUAUUUCGGUUAUUCGAGAUUUAUCGUUUCAACGAGGAAACCGUGUUCAAUUGCACAUAAAAUUUAAAAAACAUAACGUUGAUGGUGAAUGGUUUGAGAUAAUGUCGAGUAUGAAUUAUAAACAGGCAGUUAUGCCUAUUAUAUGGCUCAAUUGUAUAUUUUGCAUGGGUAUAUUUGAAAUACCCAUAAAUCGCCCACAAUAUUUUCUAACUGCUGUCUACAUCAUCUCAGUGUUGACUGUAUUUUUCAUUUCGUUUUACGAAGGAAUUUACAUUUUACAACAAAUAUUUAUUCAAGAACUUAUGAUAUUUUACGUUGUCGUGGGAGUCAACGUCUUAGUUGCCGUCUGGGCUAUAAUUACGUUUUGGCGUUAUAAAUCAGAGAAUAUAAAUAAGAUAAUUAAGAGGAAUGGUAUAGCGGACAAUACUUUAGAAGCGUUGGGCAUAAAAAUAGAUUAUCAGAAAAUAUAUCGCUCUACUCGAUGUCUUACGGCUAUCUGGGUAGUAAGUGCGAUAACAAUGAUCUUCAUGCAUACACUAUGGAUGUAUCGCGAUGAAUACUGGGUUGUCUUUUACAGCAACAUAAGCACAUCUUUUCCAUUUAUAUUAAAUUCUGUAGUGGACCUCACCUUCGCCGCGCUUGUCAGGCAAGUAAUAUGUUUCUUAAAGUAAUAAACAACAACAAUAUUUCGUGAGAAGCUCGACCAGAGGACUUUGUCGAGAUUUCUUUGAUUUCUAAGAUAUUUGUCAAUUAUAAUAAUAUCUCUUUAAUUUGUUUGUAAUGGACAAGUAAACAUAUAACAUGUUUCUGUUUACGUAUUUGAGUACUGAUUAAGAUUGAAAUGCGGCAGAUGUGUUGGAAUGAGAUUUCAGAAGAUAAAUACUCUAAUCAAUAAUGCAGUGCUUUAUGCAAAUGAAUCAAAUGCCUUCAAGAUUUAUAAUCGGUACGAUAAUACGUCCAUUGCAUUUGUCAUGGCGAACUAUAAAAACCGCAAAGACAUGAUAAUGCAUCACAUUCAAACGCUAAGACAUUUACAUUUAGAAAUUACGAGAAUCGGACGGCAAACAAAUCGUACUUUUUGUUUCGUACUUCUGCUCGAAUUGGCAGUUCAUUUUACGAUAAUAACAUCGACUACUUACUGUUUACAUGGUGCAUUUUUUGGCCAAUUAAGGGUGACACUCGACAACGAAAAGAUUAUAUCCAUGGCAAUAUGGGCAUGCAUUUAUUCAUUUAAAAUUAUAUUAAUAAAUUCGCUUUGUUCGAGUGUAUCAACCGAGGCAUAUAAAACCGGCGAAAUUAUACAAUCUUUUGAAGGAUCUAUUAUGGAUGAUGACAUGAAAGAAGAGAUUCAGCAAUUUACACAGCAAAUAAUGCUUAAUUCAUUACAUUUUACCUGUACUGGUUUCUUUUCAAUUGAUAAUUCUCUUACUGGCAAGUUCUUUACCACGGUCUUGAAGUAUGUUGUUAUUCUAAUACAAUUCAGCACACAAAAUGACAUGUAAGAAAAUACUUUAUAGAUAAGUA